AUGGAUGAAUAUUCGUCAGGCUUCUGCGUCCGGCCACCACGCGCCGGCGCCGCCGGCACGGGGACAAAGUGCGGGCGGUGGAAUCCGACGAGCGAGCAGGUGAAGGUGCUGACGGAGCUAUUCCGGUCAGGGCUUCGAACUCCGAGCACCGAUCAAAUACAGCGAAUAUCCUCACAGCUCAGCUUUUACGGCAAAAUCGAGAACAAAAACGUCUUUUAUUGGUUUCAAAACCACAAGGCCAGGGAAAGGCAAAAACGCCGCAGGGUUUUAUUGCCUGAUCAUAAUCACAAUCAUAAUACUAAUUAUAAUCAUAAUACUAAUAAUCACAAUAAUAAUGUUAAUUAUAAUUAUAAUAAUAGUAAUAAUAGUUAUCAGGAUCCGAUUAUCCACCACCUUCAAGAUGCUACCGCUACCGCCACCGCCAACAAGGACUCGGCAACAAAAUCAUAUUUCGGUCACGACGUAGAUCGUGUCCCCGAGCCAGAAAGGUCAAUCGAAACCCUUCAACUCUUCCCAAUAAACUCUCUAAACGAAGGUUCGAAUGAUUCGGAGAGAAUGAGACUUGAUUGUAAGGAAAAUGCAUCUUUUGCUUACAACAUGGACUCUCACGAAAUGGAUCACCCGACUUUGGACCUAAGACUAAGCUUCGUUUAG